AUGCCCAUUCGGAGUGGAGGUUGCCUGCGGACAUACGUCUGUUUUGUCCUGGUGUUCUACUGUUUGACUAGGACCAACUGUCACGAAGGGAAACUGCAUCAUCUCCAAAAGAGGUCUUCAGACAGCACUCUGUCGUGCCACUGUGAAUCGGAGUUUGUAAACCUGAUGUGUACUGAUGAACCAACAGACUGCACUCCGGACGAAACGCGGUACCGUAACUCUUGCUACCGAUUCUUCCAGAACGACCUAAAGUCACACGACGAUGCUCAGCUCCACUGCAUGCAACGUCACAGCCAUCUCGUGUACAUCGGCUCAUUCGAAGAGCAACUAUUCCUCCAAAAUGUUGCGACCAUUCUUCGGAAUGGAUCGAGAUAUUAUAACAAUGAUAACUACUGGAUCGGGCUCACCUCUACCCUGAAAUUGACUUGGCAGGACGGAAGACCACUCCAGCCCGGCCUGGUUCCCGAGUUCCCCAAGGAACAAGGGUGUUUUUACCUCUCCGGUGAAGAAUUAGAAUUGAAAGUCGGAAAUUGUGAGAUGACUAGCCGAUUUAUAUGCGAAAAAGUCACGUCUGAGGAUUGCAAAGGAUCGAAGAAGGCAAAUUCGUGCUACAUGAUCUCAUCUGAGUCGUCUGCUCGUUUAUCACAAGGCGAUGCUCAGUUAAGAUGCAGUCUCAUCCACAGCAGUCACUUACUGACGAUCGACUCAACAGAAGAACUAACAUUCAUCCGGGGCCUUCACCUGGGACAUACCAAUGUAAAUACAACGUACUGGAUCGGCCUCAAGUCUGAAUACAUUUGGUUGGAUGGGACAAAAGCAAACUACCAAACCUUCGUUAGAAAAGCCAGAAGCCAUGGACAAGGAGAUAUGUGUUAUAAACUUGAUCCUUGGAAUGGUUUUAUGUGGGAUGAUCAUUACUGUACUGGCAAGCGUUAUUCUUACAUCUGUGAGAGAGAACUACCUGCCCGUAAACAGCUGCACACUUCAGAUGACGUGUGCUCUCCCCCUCUGGCCAACCUCAAUCGUCUCGUCGGGAAUGGUUCUAUUUGUGUCCGCAACAGCAGCGAUGUGUUUGGUAUCCCAAUCCUCUGUAGGUGCGGAACCGAAGACUGCGUUGAUGGAUGCAGUUGCGUGAUGUUGGAUAGGAGACAGAACUUCACGUGCACCUGUGGCUAUUGCAGUUUUUCUGUAGCCCCAGUUCGAAACCUGUCUGUCGAUGAAUGGCAAGUCACAACCCCGCCUCUCAGCUGCGCGUGUACAGACAGGUCAGGCGAUAGUAGGAACCAGACGAACGCGUACGAGUUCCAAGAUGGCGCCUUCCGCAGCCUCAACAACUCAAGCUGUGUCGUGAAUGAACUGGCGUCUUCCAAUUCUGGCAUUAGUGUUGGUGUAAUCAUAGCAGUGUUGGUCACAGUGGUUGUCGUUUCUUUGAUUGUUCUUCUCUUUCGUCAAAAAAGAUCGAAAAACUCACCUCAAAGCAACCUCACACUCACAGUAGAUCCAAAGACAAAGACAGAACUUCCGCACGACUACGAGACCACAACUUCUUCGACAAACAACCUCACAACCACGCAAGAAAACGCCACACCCAAUGUUGUUGCAGGAGGGGUCGACGAUGACGUAUAUUAUGCCAACCCUGAUUACGAGGACCCAACUACAGUAACUCAGCAAAUGGAUAAGCCAAGGAAACCCAACGAUCCAGGAAUACCCACACCUCCAAAAGUUGCACCUUUCAACCCGAAGGGAAACGAUAGCAAGUAUGAGUACGUGAACGAAGGGGGAACUUCAGGUACCAGACGAGACGACGUUCAAAAUGAAGGGGGUUACCAGGGGUUGAUAAAGCCUCGUGGAUGGAGAAAAAACAGCAAUGACGACGCCCUUACAGAUGCGUACGCAACUCUCGAAGACCCAAGUGGUGUUGAGUCUGUUGAUUGACAAGUGAAAAUAAGAAAUUUUUUAGAUUUAAUUCAAUUCAAUUCAAAAAUACUUAUUAGCAUACUUCCUUUCCAAAAUAUCGAUAAUUACUUGUACUACGGUGUAAAGCUAUCAUUAAGUAACAGUAAACAUAAAUGUGUUGAAUAGAGGGAUAUGGGGCCGUUCUAAUAAGCAGAAGCUUGUAAGCAAAACAUCCAAACAGACAAAGAAACAAAACAAACAGACAGACAUGCAGACCAAAGGACAGACGAUCAUAAGACAUGACACAACGAGUUCAUUAUAUAAGCGACAAGCUGGCAGAACAGUUCAAGCAGAAGCGAUAUAAAACAUUGUAACCAGGAUAUAUGAGGUGGAUGUGGUACACAUGAUAUAGACGAUGUGACCUAUGUUUACAUUCAAACCGCCCUCUGUUGA